GAUACAGGUGUGUAUACAGAUGUUAUGGCUACAAAUCCGAAGAGUUGGUGCCGAGCUUUCUUCAAGCUGGGAAAUUACUGCGAAGAUGUGGAGAACAACUCGACAGAGUCCUUUAACAGCUCCAUCAACAAGGCAAGAGAGAAGCCAUUUGUGCAUAUGCUCGAAACAAUAGCAAGACUUGCUAUGGUACGUAUAGCCACAAGAUCCAGAGAAUCUCAUGAACACCAAGGAAAAUGUACACCAUAUGUGCAGAGAGUUCUCGCUAAGGCUCUUGUUGAUAAGCCCUUUAAAGACGGAGCCAACAAAUGUGUUGUUAGAAGAAGCGUUAAAGGCUACUUUGACUCAAGAUUGAAUGGCCAAACUCAUCGUGUCAAUUUGGAGAAAAGAACUUGUUCGUGCAGGAAGUUCGACAUCACUGGAAUUCCAUGUAAGCAUGCAUAUGGUGUGAUGCUGAAGUUAAAGGUUGAUCCGUCAGACUAUGUUUGUGAGUGGUUUCGCACGGCUAAGUGGAGAAGAAACUACACAGAUGGAAUUGUUCCAGUCAGGGGUUCUAUGUUUUGGCCCAAAACAGAUGCUCCUGAUGUACAUGCUCCACCUGUAGAGGAUGAACAAGGGGAAGAAACAGAGGGAGAACGAGGGAAAGAAACAGGGAAGAAGAAGAAGAAGCUCACCAAAGCGGAUAAGACAAGGAAAAGAGGUGUGAAUGAGUCACCAACCAAGAAGCUACCAAAAGCCAAGAAAAGGAUUAUGCAUUGUGGCGUUUGUGGUAAGGCUAAUCACAACUCGAGGUGGCAUGCAAAGCAGGGCAAGCAUGAUGAUUCGGUACCGGUAAGCACAUCUCAAACUGCAGGUGAAUCCUCACAAGGAACUCUCACUCAAGCUAGUGUUUCUCAAGCUUGAAUGAUUUGAUAUGUAAUGGCAUCUAUUAUCUUUUGUUUUGAACUUAAUUUUCGACAGCUAUGUAAUGACAUAUAUCUUUGGUUUUGAACUUAAUGGUCUUGGAUCCAUGUAAUGUAAUGACAUUUAUCUAUCUUUGUUUUGCACUUCAUAUUAUCUUUGUUACUGCAACUAGAAGCUUGUAUAUUUUCUUUAAAAUCAUUGCAUUCUACUGAAUAAAAUAGGCUUAACAAUCAUCUUAAAAUAGACAAAGUCAUUGCAUUAAUAAAAUUGAAAUCAUGUCAAAGUACACAAACCACAAUGAUCAAACACACAAAGCACAAGAUUACUAAAACAAAGGUCAUUCCUACAUAAACCUUUUCAACCAAAGAGCUUACUAAACCCAACCAUGCCCAUACACAAAACAACUACAACAACCAUCAUUUUCUUCAUCGUAGAAGAUGAUUCAACCAAAGCCUCUUCAACUCUCUCGAAAAUCUCCUUCUCAAGCUUCAUUUGCACAUUCUCAAACACUAUUCUCUCAAACUCAUUCCUCUCCAUUGUAACUGUCUCCAGUUUUGCCGCAAGUGAAGCAUUUUUCAUUUUUAAUGCCUCUAUCUCAUCUAAAUAAGCCUCAUCGACCACAUGAAAGUGUGGUUGUCAUUCGAGAGCUGUGCAUUAUUUAGACAAAAAAUUGUGAAAAGAAAACAUUAACUAAUACAAUGAAGAAGAAGCAAGGAUUAAUCAAAUUACCUUCUUAGAUACAGCAUAUCCGCAACGAUAGUAACGCCGGUACAGAUUGUUGCUGGAUUUCGAAACCAAUUCCAUUAUUUGAACCCCACAAUGACAAAGUCUCGGCACACCAAACACUCUGCCUCCAGAACGUCCACUUGACGAACCACUAGAAGCUCCAGACACGUUACUCAUGGCUUUAAAUCUGAAAAUUAACACAAAUUGAGAAGAGAUUAAGAACAAAAAGCAAUAAGCACUCGACAAUAAGAAAAGAAGAAGAAGAACUCUGAGAUUCACAUUCUACAGUUUUCUAGGGUUCUUACCAAUUUGGGAUUUUUUUGAUUUGGGAUUUUUGACCCUUGUGUCGGGUUAUCACCGAGAUAUAGGUCCGGUUAGCAAUAUUUGGGUUUUCCUUCGGUUUACUAACGGAGGUUUGAUGGUUUGGUACUGGGGUUUCGACAUUUAACCAUCGAAAUUGGUCGGGUGGGGAAAGAGAUAUUUAACUUUGAUAUGGUGGGUAUAUAGAUAUUUAACUUUCGUUUGGUGGGGAAAUGAAACGAGGCAAUAGUUUGAUGGAGAAAUAGUGCGACACCAUAGUUCCGGUGGGGAAAUAGAUCGCCAGCCCCUUCAUAUAUAGAGCAUUUACCGAACACAUAGAUUUUGAGAAAAAUUCAAAAAAUUUGAAAAUACUGUUUUAAUACGUAUUUGAAUCAUGUAAUAACAUAUGAUGAAGUUCAAAGAGGUUUGGAACCUUUGUUGUCUCCGUUUCUCUAGGGAAUAGCAAUUUUAUAGUGGUUAGUCCAAUGAUUUACAGAGCAUUUGCAGUUUUCCUAAAUUAAUGGAUAAAAAAUUAGAACGAUGUCCAUGUACCAUGAAAAGAAGUUUAUCAUACAUUAAUACAAAGGUUUAAUGUGGUUUUAAAUUUUAAAACAAAUUUAAAGAUUAUAGGCUUCAUAUAUUGUGCAUUUACCGAAAACUCACUAUUUUCGUAGGGGAGUACACAUAGAUUUUGAGAAAAAAUCAAAAAAUUUGAAAAUACUGUUUUAAUACAUAUUUGAAUCAUGUAAUAAUAUAUGAUGGAGUUCAAAGAGGUUUGGAACCUUUGUUGUCUCCGUUUCUCUAGGGAAUAGCAAUUUUAUAGUGGUUAGUCCAAUGAUUUACAGAGCAUUUGCAGUUUUCCUAAAUUAAUGGAUAAAAAAUUAGAACGAUGUCCAUGUACCAUGAAAAGAAGUUUAUCAUACAUUAAUACAAAGGUUUAAUGUGGUUUUAAAUUUUAAAACAAAUUUAAAGAUUAUAGGCUUCAUAUAUUGUGCAUUUACCGAAAACUCACUAUUUUCGUAGGGGAGUACACAUAGAUUUUGA